CAAUUAUUUGAACGUCACAUGUAGGUUAGAAUUGGUUAUAGAGAUAAAUCGAGGCAUUUAAAGAGAUGGUUUUAUGUGUGGUGGAUAUUAUUGUUCGUUAGUGAAACAUUGAAAAUGAGUGAAAUAUCAGUUUUAAGUUGGACAGAAAAAGACGUCGAAGAGUUUCUAAUACGGGAAGGUUUCGAUCAAUCCGUCAUAAUAAAACUUUGUGAUGAAAAUAAGGUGAAUGGGAAAUGUUUACUUUCCUUGAACGAUCAAGAUUUCCAAUUGGAACCCCUCAAAAACUUAGUGCUUCGUGAUAGGAAAUGUCUUUACGUUGCAGUGAAAACACUGCAACGUGAAAAUCACAAUCUGCUCAUAGAACUGGGCCUGCUCGAAUUGCAGUCAGUUAACUUAUACAGUCAUUCCAUUAAACAAGAGAGUGAAUAUUGUGAGUCUGAAAGAAUAUCUCCCCCAGCCUCUGAAGAUGGCAGGUCACAGCGUCUACCUCCAGAUAUAUGGAAAGCCUUCCUUAGUUUUUGCUAUGUUGUUUUUGUCACUUGGAUUACAGCUUUUGUAAUGGUUAUUGUACAUGACCGAGUACCUGACAUGAAGAAAUAUCCUCCACUUCCAGAUAUAUUUUUAGAUAAUGUACCUCAUAUAUCCUGGGCCUUUGAUAUGUGUGAAGUUACUGGGACAUUCUUAUUCACAAUUUGGCUUAUAGUCUUGUUAUUCCAUAAGCACAGGUUCAUCUUGAUGCGAAGAUUCUUUGCUCUCUCUGGAACCGUGUUUUUACUGCGAUGUGUCACCAUGCUGAUAACGUCUUUGAGUGUUCCCGGUGCUCAUCUACAAUGCGAGCCAAGGAACUAUGAGAUGCAGGAGACGACAUAUGAUCAUUUGAUAUUCAAAAUAUCGCAGGCGUAUUUUAUCUGGAGAGGUGCCGGAAUGUCGAUACAGGGUGUUCGCACCUGCGGUGAUUACAUGUUCAGUGGGCACACCGUCGCCCUAACUAUGCUCAACUUCUUCAUUACUGAAUAUACGCCGAGACACCUGUACUUCGUGCAUACUCUGACAUGGAUUAUGAACAUGUUCGGUAUAUUUUUCAUUUUGGCAGCACACGAACAUUACUCCAUAGAUGUUUUCGUCGCCUUUUAUAUAACAAGCCGUUUAUUUUUGUAUUAUCAUACUUUAUCAAACAAUCAGGCUCUGAUGCAGCGCGAUUCGACCAGGACACGGAUUUGGUUUCCAUUAUUCUCUUAUUUCGAAUCCGGUGUUGAUGGUAUCGUGCCAAAUGAGUUUGAAAGUCCGGCCGAAAUUAUGAGCAACCUUUACAGUUUCCUGAGCAUGAAAUUGAAUGUAUUCAAAAUUUGUGAAGUACAGAAUAAUACAAAUAAACAGUCUGAUAGUACUGGCGCUGGGAGUAGUGAAUUGGAUAGAAAGACAAAAUAACGUUGGUUUACUUAGAUAAUUAUUAGUUCGAUACGGAUCACGUCUGCCAAAUCAUUUUUUUUUCCGAAUGAGAUAUGUAAAAGGCUAUUAUAGUUUGUAAUAAAUAGAAGUUUCGUUAGUUCUCCAGUAAGUGUUAUUAUUUGUAUUUUAUUAUUAUUAUUAUGUUAAUUGUUAAG